UCCACUCCAUCGAACACCCCGUCCAGCCACGCCUCUGGCCGUCUGUCUCGCUUGCUCUCCUUGGCCCUUCGCCUCGCUUUUGAUAUCCUCCAUCACCAAAUCGCCGUGUCUGCCUCCUGAUUCACCCGUAACUGCAUCCCCCCGUACACUCGCCAUGUCCGACCUCGACACCACCGGCAUCGUCGUCGCCUCCUCCAGCCUGGUCCUCCUGGUGGCCUAUCACUUGUUCCUUGUCUAUGCCAUCCGAUUCCGGGCCAUCUCCACCGUCAUCGGCCUCACCCGUCGGGCCCGCCGCACCUGGACGGCCAAGAUCAUCGAGAAGCCCGAUGCCAUCCUCGGCGUCCAAGCACUUCGAAACUGGAUCAUGGCAUCCUCGCAGCUGGCAUCGACCUCGGUUGCUGUCAUGGCUGGCCUGGUGGCCUUCAUGACCUCGUUCGGCAAGCAGUCUGACUCGCUGCUGUCGCCGGGCGACUCGUCUCUCUCAACAAAACUCGGUGCCUUGGCGUUCAUCUUCAUGCUCGCCUUCUUUUCGUUCACCCAAGCGAUGCGCUACUUCAACCACGUCUCGAUUCUCCUGUGUGCUGCCGCCGGCAGCAAGUCUCGCUCCUCCUCCGAGUCGCCCGAGUCCAAACUUCAUGACUGGAUCACAGAGGACCUGGGCAAGAUCGAGGACUUUAUCGCGAAUCUGCUGAACCGUGGCGCACUCUUCCACACGAUCGGCAUGCGAUGCCUGUAUCUAUCCUUCCCAGCCGCAAUCUGGUUCUUUGGCAGAUGGGCGCUGCUUGGCGCCACGAUUUGCUUGAUCGUCUUGCUCGCGCUGCUGGACUUUACUGGUCUGGGCGACUUUUCGAGCGAGCCCACAACACCAACGAGCUCCAAAGGCAGCACCAAAAGUACCAAAAGCACCAACAACACCAAAAGCUCUGCCGAGGCUGCCGAGGCUGCCAGAGCCCAGGCCACAAUCGAAGACAUCGUCUAAGGGCAUCAUCAAUAUUCGCUCCACUUUCUCACUUCUCCCACACCUGGCCUGCUGGUCAAUGCGUCCCACAAUUUUGCUCAAUACAGCCGAACAGAUCCCCUGAUCUAUAA